AUGGCUGCUCGUCCCUCCAACAUCGGUAUCAAGGCCAUUGAGCUUUACUUCCCCAGCCAGUGCGUUGACCAGGCCGAGCUUGAGAAGUUCGAUGGCGUCUCCCAGGGCAAAUACACCAUCGGCCUCGGCCAGACCAAGAUGUCCUUCUGCGACGACCGUGAGGACAUCUACUCGCUCGCCCUGACCACCGUCACCUCGCUCUUCAAGAAGUACAAUGUCGACCCCAAGAGCAUUGGCCGCCUCGAAGUCGGCACCGAGACGCUGCUCGACAAGUCCAAGUCGGUCAAGUCUGUGCUCAUGCAGCUCUUCGAGGAGUCUGGCAACUACAACAUCGAGGGUGUUGACACUGUCAACGCCUGCUACGGAGGAACCAACGCCCUCUUCAACUCCGUCAACUGGAUGGAGUCGUCGGCCUGGGACGGCCGUGACGCCGUCGUGGUCGCUGGAGACAUUGCGCUGUACAAGAAGGGCAACGCCCGCCCGACUGGUGGCGCUGGAUGUGUCGCCAUGCUCAUUGGCCCCAACGCGCCCAUAGUCAUGGACGCUGGCCAGCGUGGUUCCUACAUCAGGCACGCCUACGACUUCUACAAGCCCGACUUCACCAGCGAGUACCCCGUCGUCGACGGCCACUUCUCCGUCCGCUGCUACACCGAGGCUGUCGACGCCUGCUACAAGGCCUACAACGAGCGCGAGAAGACCCUCAAGUCGCAACAAAAUGGAAACGGUGUGAAUGGCAGCAGCGAGCUCGAGACUGCUCUCGACCGCUUCGACUACAUGGCCUUCCACGCACCUACCUGCAAGCUCGUCGCCAAGUCGUACGCGCGUCUGCUCUACAACGACUACCUCGCCAACCCCUCCAACCCCAUCUUCGCCGAGGUUCCCGCUGAGCUUCGCGACAUGGACUACGCCACCUCUGUCAGCGACAAGACCGUAGAGAAGACCUUCAUGGGUCUCGCUAAGAAGCGCUACGCGUCUCGCGUCCAGCCCAGCAUCCAGGUCCCAACCCAGUGCGGUAACAUGUACUGCGGCAGUGUCUACGGUAGCUUGUGCAGCUUGCUCGCCAACAUCAGCAGCCAGGACCUCGAGGGCAAGCGCAUUGGUAUGUUCAGCUACGGAAGUGGUCUGGCCUCGUCUCUGUUCUCCUUCACCGUCAAGGGUAGCACCGAGAACAUUGCUAAGCAGCUCGACAUCCAAAACCGUCUCGAGAAGAGGCGUGUAGUCGCCCCUGAGGUUUACGACGAGAUGUGCAACCUCCGUGAGCAGGCUCACCUCCAGAAGGACUUCACCCCCAAGGGAAGCGUUGACACCAUCGUUCCCGGCACCUACUACCUCACCGGCGUCGACGGCAUGUUCCGCCGCUCCUACGAAGUCAAGCAGUAG